AUGUCGCUGCGGCAAAAGGCUGAGGAUCUCAGGCGAAAGAUCAAUGAUAUCAUCGCAGCGGGCGGUGAUAAGGCCAUCCCAAUUCUCUCAGCCGUCAAUGCUGCGGCUGACGUGUGCCCUCCUCUAAAGAGCGCGACUAGCGGCGCCCUCUUCAUCAUUGGCGAGGUCCAGCUUGGGCUUGGAGGCCGCCGCGCAAUCAACCAAAGGUUGAAUGUGCAGAGGACGUCGCCGCGUCAAGGGUUCGGACCAAGGCUAAUGGUUUGGGUUGGGCAGAAAUUCAAGGAGAAUAAGAAAGAAUGGGAGGAUUUUGGGAAAUACGUCGUCGACAACGUGGCCGAGGUCGUUGCAGCCAUAAAGUCCUAUGAUCCGUCAACGGAAGAGGCAAAGCCAUGGGUGGAGAGCGCUGAAAAGCUUGAUCGUGUGCUGCAGACGAUCAAGUCCGAAAUCGAACGAAGACGCACAAAAAUAGAGAAACGGGUGGCUUUAAUCAAUGUAUUGUCUCACUUGAGAGAUCCGGGAAGGAUUGAUGCCCUCAAGAAGGAUCUUGACAAAGCAUUGGCAUCGUUUCAGCUCAGGACGAACUUAACAAUUGGAGUCAAAUUGUCGGCGAUGGAAGAUGACUCGAUUCUUGGUAGACUCCGAUACCCUGAUAUCGCCCACUAUGAUUCAACUCAGGCUUGCCUAGAAGGCACUAGGGUCAGUCUCAUUGAACAUAUUAUGGCCUGGUGUCAUAACACCGGGGAUAGCGAGAAUCGGCUGGCAUUGCUGAGCGCCGUGGCCGGCGCUGGGAAGACUUGCAUCGCACACACGAUUGCAGAAAGAUGCAAAAGGGACGGUUCUCUGCUACUGUGCUUUUUCUUCAGGGAAGGCGAACAAUCGCGGCCCGAUUGCCUAUUCAGCGGCAUUGCUCAAUCUCUGGCAAACCGUGACCCGGAUUACCGCACUUUCAUUGCUUCCACUCUUCGAGAGGACCCGACUCUUUCAACAGCUUCAUUCACGAUGCAGUUCAAGGAAUUGGUGGCUUCGACUCUUCUCCAUAAACCCCCAUCUUCGGACCAUCCAAUGGUGGUCAUCAUCGAUGCUUUAGAUGAAUGUGACAGAGAGGCAUUCGAGCCCCUUGCGAAUAUUCUUCGGGAAGAAGUGCCCAAAUUACCAUCCUCCGUAAAAUUCUUUAUCACAUCGAGACACUUGGAUCUUGUCAAUCGCUUCCUCUCAUCCCAUUUCCCUAUCGAUCGUCUUACCAUAGAUCUCUCAGAUGAUGCAAACGUGCAAGACUGCGCUACAUACAUACGUUCCCAGCUGGAAACGCUGAAAAAUUGUCAUCCUGAUAUACAACAUAGGCUUGACGACGGGCAGAAAAUGGUGCGGGAAAUAUCGGAACGAGCAGGUGGCUUGUUUAUUUGGAUCAGCACCAUUUUUCGCUAUAUGAAGAUGGCGAACAAGGACCCUAUGAGGACGCUGGAAAGACUACUCGGCACCGGCGCGAAAGGAUCAGCGGUUUCUGCUGAGGGAAUGAUGGAUCGCUUGUAUACAAGUAUCUUGAAGAAGUGUGGUUGGGAGGAUGAAGAUUUUGUGCACGACUAUCCAGUUGUGAUAGGAGCCAUCUUGGUUGCACAACAGCCUCUGUCUGUCCCAGCUUGGGAUGCGAUUUUGUCACCUUUCUUGAAGUUGUCGGUUCGAGAUACAUUGGCCGAACUCGCACCUCUCCUCUCAGGACUUGAGGAUUGUGACAAUCCGAUUCGCAUCUUGCACCAAUCUUUCCGGGACUUUAUUCUGGAACGGAUCGAUUCCCAAUCAAUCAGCCUUCGUUGCAGUCCAGUAGAUGUGGGACGAGAGAAUGCCAGAAUUGCGCUCCGAUGCCUUGAGAUUCUGAAUCAGGAUCUCUCCUCUUUAGAGGGCCUUGGACUGAUUGAGAACUUGCAUGAAAAAGAUGAACUGCCGUGCAUUCCUCCAGAGAAGUUAUCGGAGCACUUACACUACGCAUGUCGUUACAUCGUUUAUCAUCUCAGUGGAGUCCAGGAACCAUCGCAGGAGCUAGAUAAAUCAGUUCGCAUAUUUCUGAGUCAGCAAGCCACUCGCUGGGUUGAAGUCUGCGUGAGAAUGGAAGGCUACGUCAGUAUCUCGAUACUGCCUGAGUGGGCUAAGUUGGCAGUUGACCAAAGGUCAAAGGAUGCUAUCCACAAGCUAGCGAAUGUGCUUACCCAGCUCCAGUCGAACCUGGAAUUUUUUUCAAGAUUCAGGGACGUAUAUGAGGCAGCAAAGGAUUCGGUUGUACUCUGCCAUUGCCUGGUUUCCGCAGACUCAAAGUCCUACGCCCCGGACUUGGCCGAGUCACUCAACAAUUUAUAUUUGGCUCUUUCGAAACUUGGACAGCACUCGGAGGCACUCCCAUUCAUUGAGGAGAGCGUCAAUCUCUACCGCCAGCUUGUUGCUGUUCACCCGGGAUCAUACACCUCAGAUUUGGCUUUGUCACUCAACAACCUAUAUGUCUCUCUUUCCAAUCUUGGACAGCACUCAGCGGCGCUCCCAUUCAUUGAGGAAAGCGUCAAACUCCGACGCGACCUAGUUGCCGUCCACCCAGGAUCAUAUACCCGAGAUUUGGCCAGGUCACUCAACAGUCUAUGUAAUGCUCUUUCGAAUCUUGGACGGCACUCAGAGGCGCUCCCAUUCAUCGAGGAAAGCGUCAAUCUCUACCGCCGGCUUGUUGCUGUUCACCCAGGAUCAUACACCCCAAAUUUGGCUUUAUCACUCAACAACCUAUAUGUCUCUCUUUCCAAUCUCGGACAGCACUCGGCGGCGCUCCCAUUCAUUGAGGAAAGCGUCAAACUCCGACGCAACCUAGUUGCUGUCCACCCAGGAUCAUAUACCCGAGAUUUGGCCUGGUCACUCAGGAGUCUGUAUGAGGCUCUUUCGAAUCUCGGACGGCACUCAGAGGCACUCCCAUUCAUCGAAGAAAGCGUCAAACUCUGGCGCGAGCUAGUUGCCAUUCACCCAGCAUCAUAUACCCCAGAUUUGGCGAGGUCACUCAACAGUCUACAUAAUGCUCUUUCAGAUCAUGGACGGCACUCAGAGGCACUCCCAUUCAUUGAGGAAAGCGUCAAUCUCUACCGCCCACUUGUUGCUGUUCACCCAGGAUCAUACACCCCAGAUUUGGCUUUGUCACUCAACAACCUAUAUGUCUCUCUUUCCAAUCUUGGACGGCACUCGGCAGCGCUCCCAUCCAUCGAGGAAAGCAUCAAACUCUGGCGCGAGCUAGUUGCCAUUCACCCAGGAUCGUACACCCCAGAUUUGGCCAGGUCACUCAACAGUCUAUAUCACGCUCUUUCAAAUCUCGGACGGCACUCGGGGGCGCUCCCAUUCAUCGAGGAAAGCAUCAAGCUCUGGCGCGAGCUAGUUGCCAUUCACCCAGGAUCAUAUACCCCAGAUUUGGCCAGGUCACUCAACAGUUUACGUAAUGCUUUUUCGAAUCUUGGACGGCACUCAGAGGCACUCCCAUUCAUCGAGGAAAGCGUCAAUCUCUACCGCCAGCUUGUUGCUGUUCACCCGGGAUCAUAUACCCGAGAUUUGGCUUUGUCACUCAACAACCUAUAUGUCUCUCUUUCCAAUCUUGGACAGCACUCAGCGGCACUCCCAUUCAUUGAGGAAAGUGUUAAACUCCGGCGCAACCUAGUUGCCGUCCACCCAGGAUCAUAUACCCGAGAUUUGGCCUGGUCACUGAGGAGUCUAUAUGAGGCUCUUUCGGAUCUUGGACGGCACUCGGAGGCGCUCCCAUUCAUCGAGGAAAGCAACAAACUCUGGUGUGAUCUAGUUGCUGUUCACCCAGGGUCAUACACCCCAGAUUUGGCCAGGUCACUCAACAGUCUAUAUCACGCUCUUUCGAAUCUCGGACGGCACUCGGAGGCGCUCCCAUUCAUUGAGGAAAGCAUCAAACUCUGGCGCAAGCUAGUUGCCAUCCACCCAGGGUCAUACACCCCAGAUUUAGCCUGGUCACUCAACAGUCUAUAUGAUGCUCUUUCGAAUCUCGGACGUCACUCAGAGGCACUCCCAUUCAUUGAGGAAAGCGUCAACCUUCAACGUGAGCUAGUUGCCAUUAACCCAGGAUCAUGCACCCCAGAUUUGGCUCGGUUGCUCAACAGUCUAUAUGAUGCUUUUUCGAAUCUCGGACGGCACUCGGAGGCGCUCCCAUUCGUUGAGGAAAGUGUCAACCUCUGCCGCAAGCUCGUUGCGGUGCACCCGGGAUCAUACACCCCAGAUUUGGCCAGGUCACUCAUCAGUCUAUAUCACGCUCUUUCGAAUCUCGGACAGCACUCAGAGGCACUCCCAUUCAUUGAGGAAACCGUCAAACUCCGGCGUGAGCUAGUUGCCAUCCACCCAGGAUCAUAUACCCCAGAUUUUGCCGGGUCACUCAAGGGUCUAUAUGACGCUCUUUCAAAUCUCGGACGGCACUCGGAGGCGCUCCCAUUCAUCGAGGAAAGCGUCAACCUCUGGCGCAUGCUAGUUGGCAUCCACCCAGGAUCAUACACCCCAUAUUUGGCCUGGUCACUCAAGGGUCUAUGUGACGCUCGGUCAAAUCUCGGACGGCACUCGGAGGCGCUCCCAUUCGCUGAGGAAAGCGUCAACCUCUGGCGCAAGCUCGUUAUGGUGCACCCGGGAUCAUACACCCCAGAUUUGGCCAGGUCACUCAACAGUCUAUAUAAUGCUCUUUCAAAUCUCGGACGGCACUCGGAGGCACUCCCAUUCAUCGAGGAAAGCGUCAACCUCUGCCACAAGCUCGUUAUGGUGCACCCGGGAUCAUACACCCCAGAUUUGGCUAGGUCACUCAACAGUUUAUGUAAUGCUCUUUCAAAUCUCGGACGGCACCCGGAGGCACUCCCAAUUGUCGAGGAAAGCGUCAACCUCUGGCACGAGCUAGUUACCGUUAACCCAGGAUCAUACACCCCAGAUUUGGCUCGGUCGCUCAACAGUCUAUAUGAUGCUUUUUCGAAUCUCGGACGGCACUCCGAGGCGCUCCCAUUCAUCGAGGAAAGCGUCAAACUCUACCGUAAGCUGGUUGCCGUUAACCCGGGAUUACAUACCUCAAAUUUGGAUAUGUCACUCAGCAAACUACGUACCGCUCUUCCUAGCCUCGGACGUGAUUCCGAGGCACUAACUUAG